CGCGGUCACCGUCACCGCGCUGCUGGUUCCAGCCCCCCGCUCCGCCUGGCCUCCGCACCCCGCUGCCCUGUGCUCUGCUCCACGAGGAGGCCGGAGUCCGCCAAGGCCACUGACCCACGCUGGAGCCAUGGUCCAUGGGUACAAAGGAGUCAAAUUCCAAAACUGGGCGAGGACCUAUGGCUGUUACCCGGAGAUGUACUACCAGCCCACGUCCGUGGAGGAGAUCAGAGAGCAGGUGCUGGCCCUGGCCAGGCAGCAGAACAAGCGGGUGAAGGUGGUGGGCGGUGGCCACUCACCUUCAGACAUCGCCUGCACCGACGGCUUCAUGAUCCACAUGGGCAAGAUGAACCGCGUCCUCAAGGUGGACAUGGAGAAGAAGCAGGUGACCGUGGAGGCCGGCAUCCUCCUGGCUGACCUGCACCCACAGCUGGACAAGCACGGCCUGGCCUUGUCCAACCUGGGAGCCGUGUCAGACGUGACUGCAGCUGGCGUCAUCGGAUCCGGAACACACAACACGGGGAUCAAGCACGGCAUCCUAGCCACCCAGGUGGUGGCGCUGACCCUCCUGACGGCCGACGGGACCAUUCUCUUGUGCUCUGAGUCCAGCAACGCAGAGGUGUUCCAGGCGGCACGGGUGCACCUGGGCAGCCUUGGAGUCGUCCUCACCAUCACCCUGCAGUGCGUGCCCCAGUUCUACUUGCAGGAGACUUCCUUUCCCUCAACCUUGACAGAGGUUCUUGACAACCUGGACAGCCACCUGAAAAAAUCCGAAUACUUCCGCUUCCUCUGGUUCCCGCACAGCGAGAACGUCAGCGUCAUCUACCAGGACCACACCAACAAGCCUCCCUCCUCUUCGGCCAACUGGUUUUGGGACUAUGCUGUUGGAUUCUAUUUACUGGAGUUCCUGCUCUGGAUCAGCACCUUCCUCCCAGGCCUCGUGGGCUGGAUCAACCGCUUUUUCUUCUGGCUCCUGUUCAAUGGGAAGAAGGAAAACUGCAACCGCAGCCACAAGAUCUUCACCUAUGAGUGCCGCUUCAAGCAACACGUGCAGGACUGGGCCAUCCCCAGAGAGAAGACCAGGGAGGCCCUGCUGGAGCUGAAGGCCAUGCUGGAGGCGCACCCCAAGGUGGUGGCCCACUACCCCGUGGAGGUGCGCUUCACCCGGGGGGACGACAUCCUGCUGAGCCCCUGCUUCCAGCGCGACAGUUGCUACAUGAACAUUAUCAUGUACAGGCCCUACGGCAAGGACGUGCCGCGGCUGGACUACUGGCUGGCCUACGAGACCAUCAUGAAGAAGGUGGGGGGCAGGCCCCACUGGGCCAAGGCUCACAACUGCACCCGGAAGGACUUCGAGAAAAUGUAUCCUGCCUUUCCGAAGUUCUGUGCCAUCCGAGAAAAGCUGGACCCCUCGGGGAUGUUCCUGAAUGCGUAUCUGGAGAAGGUGUUCUACUGAAGCACAAACAGAAAACAAGUUGAGCCCACCCCAUCCCAUUCCCCAGGCCCACUUCCCAUGAGGUUGAAGGCUCAGCGUCCCUCCGGCCUGAUGGGGAACAGACCUCUCCCCCCAGGCGCUCUGCCACGGUGCCCACAGCUGCUCUAACCCAGAGUAAGGAGUCUGGAUCCGGGCAGCUCCCACUUCCCUCAUCCUCACAGGAACCCCAUGUAAGGAAGAGCACCAAAUCCCCAUUUACCUCUUCAGCCGCAUCCUUUCAGCCCAAGCCUGCAAUCACCACAUCCUGUUUCCCAGAAGACAGAGAAGCCCCCAAAUGUUCUGUGUCUAGGAGGUCAGGAUUCAGCCUUUCACAGGUUCCACCCGCUGGUUGGGUGUCCAGAGCUCCAGGGAUCCCUCGCCCACCCUUGCAGGGAGGGGUCCCCCUGGCAUGUGUUUGGACACAGAGGUCGUGUGUUCUGUGCUCUGCUUUCUUUCACUCUCGAGGGUCUUUCAGAUGCUCAGGUGCGUGCCCCCUGCCCUGGGACUGCCCUCUUCCAGAGGGUCCACCUGUUCAUCUGACCUUCCGUAGCCCGACCUACAGUGUGUCUAUUCCAGGGGAUGUUUGGGGAGUGGGACUCUCCUUGCCUUCUUUUUAAUAAAGGCCAAGAGUUCAUUCA